AUGAGAAGAUGGUUUGGCUCUCAUGAUCCGCAGGACUUGAAUCUCAAAGAUUUUUACUCAGGAUCGGGAAAAGGAAAUCAAUCAUUUGGUGAUGGUAGCAGUAUUCAAAGAGACUGGACUACCUCAGGGCUUAUCGGUGAUCCGAUAAAUCAAAGAGAAGAUACUUGUGGAUCAGUUGUCUUUACACAUCUCCUACAAGCUUCUUAUAACAAAGAUAAACCCAUUGCCCAGCAUCGUGAUUUGUCAUACCUAGUUUUGGCAAAUCAUAUCCAAAGCCAAACCCAGGCCAAAGGCUUUUCAUUCAGAAACCUGAACAUACCGAUCAACUACAUUAGAAAUAUAGGACUCAGAGGAGUAAGAGCAGCCGCAACGGAGUAACAUGCGGAAUCCUUAGCGGUAAAUCUUAGGUUAGGAGGAAUAGAAUAAUAUUAUAAAAGGCAAAUAGUGUAAGGAUUUUAUCGGAUCAGUCCUUCCGUAAGAGGUUCAAGGACUUGAUCCUUAAGACAGGUGGCAACGGGUUAUUGGGCAGGUGAUGUUUUGAGUUUGGUUUUGUCGGCAAUUUACGGUUCGUUUUGUUUUUUUUUUCAAUCGAUUUGGAGAUUUUCGUUUGAAAUUAGGGUUUCAUUUGAUGAUGUCUACAAAUAUCCAUAAUAUUCUCGGCAUUCGGGAUGAUGUUCACGAUACCCAGGCACAUCAUCGAUUGAAAUAUGAUUUAAUAGAAAAUAUUUGGAACAUUGGUGAUUCAUAAUCAUGUUGUAUUUUUAAA